AACGUCAUUCGCCAGUUGUCUCAUUGUGGAGAGGUUGUCGGUCACGGAGGAAGAUCGGUGGAGAUUUCAACACGAGUGGAGCGUGUAGUUUGGAAUCAGUAAAGGUGGUAGGAAAUCAUUUUUAAAGAGAGGGACGCUCGCGCGAGUAAUGCUGACUACGCAAUGGGACAAAGUCAUGUGUUGUUGGCGCCGCUGUUAAUCGCCAUGAAGGCAGCAGCUUCAUGUUACCGCAACUUGCUUUCGAUUCCCUGCUGCAGCCAGAACCGUCCAAGUUAAACGGUUAAAGGGUGCUGACCUGCCCUAUUCUCACAGUCCUUAGCAUUUCUACAUAGACAUGAGAGGCUGCAGCAGAUCGUGAUGGAGCUCCAGGAGUUGGGCUGGCUGGCUUUGGUAGGGCUCUUUCUGGCUUCCCUGCUCAUCGUGCUAGCCUGGCUCUUCCAGUUCUCGCUCAGCCUUCUGCGCCAAUGGAGAACAAGAAAAGCUGACAGUCAGCAUCAGCAGCAUUUCUCCCUCAGGCAGCAUCUCCGGCACGGCUGGGAUGGAUUUGUGCGGUUCCUCUUGAACAAGCUGCGUCCGCUUCAGGACGGAGGGGCUAAGUCUGAAGCAGGUCUUAAAGGCUUGUUGACCUCCCUCUUCUCCUUCAAGUCGAUCAGCGAGCAGUGCCGCAGAAGCUGGGUCAAAGCUCUGAAUGAGCAAGCCUGCAGGAAUGGGAGUUCCAUCCAAAUCACUUUUGACAGCGGUGUCAAGUUUAUUACAGCGCCCGCAAUUGAAAGUGUAACCUGUUCUGACCAAUCAGCACAAAGAACGGUUUUACAUUGUAAAUGUCGGGUGGACACCGUGGCAUUUCCUGUGACGGUUACUCAGCAGUCCCCCGCUGCCGUUGCCAUGGACACCUAUCAGAUUACGAUUGCACCUACAGUGGCAAAGGUGGUUGUAUGUUUGGAAGAAGUGAAGGAUGAAGGAAUCCUGGUGUCCUGGACUCUUUCCAAUCAGCAGCCAUUUAAACUGACUGCCUCGCCAUGCAAACUGUCGAGACAUGGCACCGAUGAUAAAGGAGUCUUAGAUGUGAUCAAGAGCCUCAUUGAGGAUACUCUGUUCAGCUCUCAUCCAGCCAUGAUUCUCAACCUCAGGACUUUUACAAGUAGUUCUCCAGUCUCCAUGGAGCAUCUAUCCGUAGGAUUAAAGCCUGUACCCCAGAGUGUCUUUGUGUGGCGACUUCUUCUGCGGCAGCUCAGAGUGACCUUAAGCAAAGGCCAGUGGUGUAGCUCAGUUGAGCUUUGCUGCAUCCUCAGCCUAAACCAACCCUCCUCAGAAAAGACAACUUGCUUCAUGCCUGUGCCCCAUAACCCAAAGACCCCAAUGGAAUGGAAAGAUGAAAUUACCAUGGAGCUGAGCCCAGAAACCAAAGAAUUGAGAGUGAGACUUCUGGAGCGGAAUGGCAGAAGCGAGCAAUUCCUUCUAGGCCAUGGCUCCUUAGCCCUGGACCUCCAGUCCAGAGUUCCUACCUCUGUCAUACUCCCAAUAAACCUAAGCCACACCUCGGAAGCUAUCGCCACCGUCACAGCAGAUCUGCUCUAUGUGGAAACUGAGGAACUUCGGUCACCGCUGCGUUCCUCUCUCACCCCCACCAAAAAGGUCGAUGUGGACCGAAGCGUCAUGCCAGAUGGAACCAUUGUCACCACUGUAACGACGGUUCAGUCCAGACUGAAAUUGGAGAGCAGUCAAGGUGAUUCUCCUUUGCGUUCUCCGUCCAAAGUUGAGGUGACAGAAAAGAAGUCCGCCACGUUUUCUAAUGGAAGAGGGACCCCCAGUCCUGAUGCCAGCAAGGGCAGCCGCUUGUCUAAUGGCUUGGAUCCUGUUGCAGAAACAGCCAUUCGACAGCUUACUGACUCCAACUCUAAAAUGGCUCGAAAGACUCCAACGAAGAGAAGCACGCUGAUCAUCUCAGGCGUGACAAAGAUUCCACUCGCUAAAGACGAUUGCACUUUUUCGAGUGGCUACGCCGCUUCAAUGGACGCAGCCAUGCAAGGCAACCAUUACGGGACGUUACGUACCCAAGAGCCGGAUGAAACCACACCCUCCGAUGUAUCAGAGCGUCCCUCCGUGGAUGAUGUGGAAUCAGACACUGGCUCCAUUGGUGGUCUGGAAACACGUAGCCUCAAAGAACAUAAAGUGGGAUUUCUCCAAAGCGGAUCGAGGCUGUUGUUCCGCAGAAGAUAUCGGGAAAAGGAGCCCUGCCUCAGCCAAUCCCACGAAGACAUCUCCAAAACGGACAAGAAUUUUUCCGCUGCAGCGGACAGCAGUCGAAAGAAGUCCGGCAGCUUCUCGCGACGUCUCAUAAAGCGCUUCUCCUUCCGCACAUCAGGGAAACGGAAAUGCAAAGCCACAAGCACCAAUGGAGGGGAAAGCUCAGCCAAUAACUGAUGGUUAACUGUCACGUCCUGGCAGCUUCCUGAGCACAAGACUAUUCCAUCCCUGUCCUUUGGAUGGAGGACACCUCUGGGACUGCUGUCUGGAGAUGAAAACUAUUAUAACAGUUUCAGGACAUAAAUGCUUCUUAUCGAGUCACUGAAGUUUAAAUAUGAUCAAGUCCAUUGUUUGGUCAUUUUUGACAGGCUGGGGCAAAGGAACAGCUGCAAUGAAAUUCAGUUUGUUUUGAUAGACAUAUCUUGAAAGUUCUUGAAAUUAUUUAUAAUACUGAUAGAAUGACAUCCGUGCACUUUGGACUUAAUAUUUUUUUCUUACAUUCUACAUAAUUUGUAGAAUAUCUAUAUGAAGAUCAUUUAUGAUUUUGUGAAGUGCUAUUUAUUUUCUCCAUACCAUGAGUUGUCUUAGCUGUGCUACGCUGUAAAACUAGAGAAAUUGCUGUGAUUUUUUCCACUCAAAUGUAAUUUUAAAAUCAAGCUUAUUUCUAUGUUGAAAUAGUAGUCGUAUUUGCAUCUAUAAUACAUGAGGACAUUGUUCAAUGUUAGUUUUGAAAUAAGCAGGACAUUGUUAUAUAUUGUACUUACUUUUAAAUGAUUUUCAGUUUACCGGACUGGUUCCUCAAGAUGAAAAUGAAUAGGCUUAUUGUAAAAAGUAUCCAUGUAGUCAAUAAUUAGUACUUUCUUUUUUAAUUAAAGAAUUUCAAAAAUGUAAUUCCCAGGGAUAUUUUUCAAUAAGAAAAUUACUGUUAUAAUGACUGAACUAGGACAGUGAUGGAUAUGUACAAGAUGCUUGAGGAAAUUUGUCGAUUUUUAUUUGCUUUAGAUAUAAAGUACAAAUGAGACAUUUUCUGGCUGGAACGCGGAGCGGAGGAGAUCACAAGAGGCAUAUGUGAUUUUUGCUGUUAUUUUGAUAUGUUAAUUUAUUCAAAUAAAUUCUUUAAAAACACAGACUUUAGUUUGGCCCUAUAAAUUGUAGCACAUUUGAAUAUUACAAAACUGCACUGUAUAGAGAGGGAGUGAUUCUGAGACACAGGAAUAACUUUAGAGAGACUAGUUGUCAUUUCAAGUACUGUAUACUCAUGUGAAUACCAUAACGACAUUUGGUUGUACUUGUAUUGACUUGGCACAGUGGUGAAAUGAUGAGAAGUGUCAAAAAAAAACAAAAAACAUUAGGGCUGUCAAAAUUGUCGUGUUAACGGGCGGUAAUGAAUUUUUUAAACUAAUCACAUUAAAAUAUUUGAUGCAAUUAACGCACAU